GGAGACGCCGGUGAGGAGUCGGCGACGAAAGUGUUCAAUGACAUUCCACCGAAACCGAGUGCGCCACCCGAGGCACAGCUGUGGACGCAGGAAAAGGCAGAUGAGCUCCAGGCUGCGGUCGACCGGGUCUUCAACAAGGGAGGCGACUCCUUGCUGGGAAUGACCUUCUCCUUCACAAUUGCAGACCCGCGUAUCGAAGAUUGUCCACUGAUUGGCUGCAGCACAGGCUUCGGAACUCUUUGCGGGUACACUGUGAAGGAAAUCGUGGGGAGGAACUGUCGCUUCCUCGUGGAUCCCGUGCCGAAGGAAGAGAUUGAUUGGACGAUGCGGAAGCAAGCCAAGGAUUUUUGCAAGUGCGUUCGCGAAGGAAAAGAUUAUAGGGUCCCCGAUGCUGAGCGUGAAGAGUGGAUGCCGAUGGGUAGAGCAGGUGAUGAGCUGUUUUGCUUUCAGCGCAACGCUCGCAAGGACGGUUCUCUUUUCAACAACCUGUUUUACAUGAAGGUCAUCGAGUUGAGUAUCGAGCUGGGUGAUGAAAUGCCGUACAUCGUCGGCCUCCAGUCUGAGCUUCCCAGCGGCAAGGCGGACUUGCAACAGCUUGCGAAGAAUCUGAAGGUCCUUGACCACAACAUGAGCCAGGUCAUUAGUGUACUUGCAGGCCUAUUCUUCGUGUCCACGGCCAUGGUCCGUGAUGAU